CGUGAGAUGGACCGGACCCGGAGGAGUCUCCCUGACACCGGGAAGAGGUUUACAGUCAAAGCGCGUGUGAUGGGAUCCGAGGGAUUCACAUCUGGGAGACAUUACUGGGAGGUGGAGCUGGCGGGGAGUCGGGAAUGGAGGCUGGGAGUCGCCGCAGAGUCUGUGGAGAGGAAGAGAGAUGUCACACCGACCCCGAAGACUGGAGUCUGGAGCAUCGGGCGGUGGGGUGACGUGUUUAAUGCAUCCGCCUCCCCUCCAUCCCCUCUCCCCGCCCGUCCCAUCCCCGGGAGGGUGGGAGUUUAUCUCAGUUACGAGUCCGGGACAGUUUCAUUUUACGACGCGGACACCAAGUCCAUUCUCCACACCUUCGCUGGGAAUAAAUUCACGGAGAAACUUUAUCCUUUGAUCGGUAUUGCGGAUGAAAACCAUUGGCUGAGAAUCUGCUCCGGUUCCGCUCCGGGUGUGUAAAAGGGUCGGGUCCCGGGACCGGCGUCAGGAGCGGGGCUCAGGGGCUGUGGGGUAGAAACCCGGUGGACAACAGGUCGGCGCUGA